AUGCGUUGUAAAUUUUUGCUGCUCGCCCUGCUGGGUCUCGUUUGUGGACAAUUUGGGAGUUCAAGCUCAUCCCUCCUCCUCCGUAGCCUCGUCGAGAGCUUAGAGCGCAACCUUGUUGCAAAAAUUGAACACGUCGAGCGGGUACUUAGAGAUGAUCUCGAAAUCCUGGACGAUAAAAUAUCAACUUUCGAGGAUGAACUUCACGACUUGAAAAAGACCCAAUCGGAGCUGGAGACGCAUGUCGAGUCGAACUCGGCGAAAUUGGAUGGCGUUGAGGGCAAGAUCCAGGCUGCUGGAAAUCAGUUGGCUGACCAGUUCAUGGACAAUAUCAACAUCGUCGGCAUGUCUGUCACCCAGUUGAGCGACAGAACUCAAAUUACAGAGGAUUUAAUCAAAGACAGCCGCUCAAGAAUCGAUGAUUUAGAACAAGCCUCUUCAAGCAUCCGGUCAAGAACGGAGCGACUCGAAGCUUCAGCUGAACAACUCGAAUUGCGACCAGAAGACAUCACUAAAAUUCUCACUGCUGUUGAAGAGCACAUGGGUGGUGCAACUGCUUUCGAACUCGAGUCCAGAAUCGGCGAUUUAGAAUUAAGAUGGGAUGGAAAUGUCGACGAGAAAAUCGAAAACGUGACAGUUAUUUUCGACAAGCGUCUCGAAGAAAUGGCCACAGAGACCAUCGGAACUAUCCAAGAAGAUCUGACAAAGAUUUCAACCAAAACUGACACGCUCCAAACAUCGGUCGAGACUUCGGUUGCAGACUUGUCGGUGCGAGUUGAAACUGCGGUCGCGCAAAGCGGCGCGCUUGGAGACGCUUUAGCUGGAACAUUUCAGCAGUACGCUUCGCUCAGCUCCCAGAUUUACCAACUAAGCAGCGACGUAGACCUCAAGGUGGCCACAGUGCAGGAUCAAUUCACAGAUCUCAAUCAGACCAUUGAACUCCUUGGCUCGACGAUGGAGUCGAUUCUUGAAGAAGGCGCUGCUACUGCUGAAUUUUACGAAAUCAAAGCGAAGGUUCUUGAACAAGAACUAAGCUCGAGCGCGUUUGAAUUGAGAAUCAAUACCAAACUCGAUGAGUUUGCUCAGAGAAGCGACUCCGUUCAGCAAGAAAUUUCGAAUAUGCAGACGUACCAAGAAGAAGCAGGAAGCCGACAGCAGCGACUUUGGGAUGAGUCCGCAAACUUUACAAAGACUUUCAAAGAUUUCAUUGUCGAAACAAACGAACACAUUACGGAUUUGACCUCGAGAUCAGCAAUGUCGAGCGAGAAGUUGACUCAGGCAUACAACAUGGCCGAAUCCGCCAAAAAUGGAAUCAAGAAUGCCAUCCGAAAAGCCGACGCCGCUGACAACUCAAAGGAAGUUUCAAGUCUUAGGUCCUCCUUGUCGAAUUUGGAAAAGAGCAGUAAUCUAACCACCGUUGGGCCAAUCGUGGCAGAGAAUACAGAAGCUGCCAAGGAUAUCAGACGAAUGAAGAUUGAUAUCGACACUCUUCGCCGCAAUCUGCAGUUCCAGGCCGCAAGAAUUUCGGGUGGCGAUUUGGGAGCACGAGUCGGCGGGGAAAGUACCGGAGCUUCUUCCGAAGAAAUCGAAAAUUUGAAAGCUCAUAUUGACUCCAUUGACGGCCAAAUCGACAGCAUUCAGGAUGAUAUCGACCGAGUUGAGAGCAAAUCUGACGCAACUAGCUCAGCGUUGAAGGAGUUCCAGAUUCGAAGUGCUGCGGCCACGAGCUCACUUGAAAACACAAUCGAAGCUCAAGGAAAUAAGUGCUUCGCGGGGCUCAAUGAGCAAGGACAAAUUCUCAACACCGUGAGAUUGUCUGUCAAGGAAAUCUCCGACGAUCUCUUUGAAGAGCAAACUUCCGCAUCGAAGAAGUUCGAAUCCGUCGAGGAGAAAAUCUCAAACUUUGAUUCAAAGGUCGAUGAGUUUGGGCGCACGCAGCAGUCAUUGUCAAGCUCCGUUUCCAAUUUCCGACAAGAUGUGGAGAUCUCCAUCGCUGGUUACCUCACCUCCUUCACUCAAUACAUAGAAAAACGGCAGCGAGGAACUCACACAACGUUACGAUACGUGGCUUCGAACAAGGACGUUUAUUCUUCGCUAGAAGAUGCCUCGAGGAUUCUCCCAUUCAACGAUGUUGUCACUGAUAGCAACGGAUCCGCAAAUGGCUCGGGUAUCAGCAUUCCAUCCGAUGGGCAGUAUGUUAUUAGCGCGACGGUUACGACUGUCAAGGGCUCAGUUAUCUUUGUCCAAGUCCUCAAUACCAGCGGAGAAGUUCGAGAAACUGUUCGUCUCUACGAAGGAAGCUGGUCUGCCGCAGGAAACAGCAUCGUAAUGGAUCUCGUUCGAGGCGAUACAGUAAUGAUCGCCCUCUCCGAGAAUGGCAAGGUCGUCGAUGGAAUCUACAACUACUUCACUGUUUCGUUGGCCGAGCCAGCGUAA